AUGACAAAAAAGUUACCACGUUUCGAAAAGUAUUCGGUAGCCCCAAGCCCCAGUCGAGACUACUAUGGAUUGAAAGUCCUCGGCGAGCAAGUCAUUCUGUACAUAUGGAAAAUUACUCACGGGCCUCAUCUGUCGCCGAUCACCAGAACAACUAGCUUACCCGAUUUCCCCGAGGACAAGGUGCUCAAGGACGAGAUCUCGUUCGCUUUCGGACCACGAGUGCUGAACCACAUCGAGAAUUUAACCUCGCGAGGAAGCGCCGCGCUGCUGACUCUGCCGAACCGCGUGAUCGAACGACUCGUCCGAUACCUGAGCCUGAACGACGUCGCCAGCUUACUCCGCGUGUCCCGCCAGAGCAACGAGAUAUUCGCGUCAAAUGCCAUCUGGGAGGUGCUGUACAAGAGGCUAAAAGGUACGUCGAAGCUGCUGGCCAUGGAGAGAGAGCUGGGGUCGAGCCAGGGCUUCAAAAAACUCGCGAGGAGCCAGCACGUGCGCGCCACGGCGAAGAAAAGCUCGAGCCAGACGGCCAGCAGCAGCCGAGCCGAGCCGCUCGUCCCGCGAUCGGCAAGCGUCAGUCUGGCCGAGUCGACCUACAGAGUGCUGCCGGGGAAGCAGAGCAAGCUGCCCCGGGCCCUCCUUGCCGGUGCCGGGGAGAGCUACGAGCUGCACCCGGUCAUAGUGAACGAGGGACGGGCGGCGGGAAAAAUCGGCAAGACCCGCGUCGCGGAGGAGGAGCGGAAAAAGUACCUCAAGUCCCUGAUGUUCGAGUCGGAAACCGGUGGCGGCUCGAAGGAGGCGAUCGAACGGAGGACGCCGGGGACGAAGAGCCCACGGAGUAGAUUCAAGAGGCGGGCACCGGGUGGGACGAGGUCCAAGUCGAUCGGCAGGGCGACCGGCAAAGGAAGCGCCAAAAAGCCAGCCUCCGAUGUGAAGGAGUGGCGCGCGAGCGACGAUUCGGACGACAGCGGCAUGUCGUACCUGAUGAAGCGCUACCUGCAGACCAGCGACGAGGUCGGGCGCAAGUUCGACGCGUGCGGCAGGAUGGCCCGGUCUACCAGAGACUCGGGGGUCCAGGUUGACUUGGCGAAGAGCGGCUCGGUGGGACGGAAACCGGUUGGGAAGAUCGCGGCACCGGUAACUCCAACGAGCCGCGGCGCCGUCCCCACCAGACUCAAAACGCUGAAAAAGACCUAG